CAUGUCAAAUGCAUGAUUUCAAAUGCCCCCCUGCCUUCAACCGUAGUUAUUGCAGGGCAUCUAUUCAAAUCGUGCUGGGCUGCAUCUUGUCAAGACCAUCUUGAUUUUGAGGACAUCGAUAAUCCACGCAACGGUCUACUGAUGUUCAAACCGUUCGAAUUUGCAUUCGACAAUUCACACAUCUGCUUCCUAUACGACUCAAAAACGGACCAGUUUAAACUCAAGAUUCUGAACCCUUUGCUCAAACCAAUGACCAUCAAGGAGUACAUAAAAAGCGAAAAGGAGAUCAAUGAAAAUAGCUUGUUGAAAUCCAGAGAUGCAUGGAUAUCUGAGCUUAACCAACAACAGGCCAUUGAUAUGGAUGCUGCCAUUACUGCUGUUGAUAAUCUCAUGGUAAUUCUUGAUAUGGGAUUCGCUGAUUUUGAAGGGUGUCCAGUGCUCUCUGGGGCGAAUGGUAACAAGUGCUAUGGUCGAUGUCUGUCUUUUCAGGCGUCAAUGUCGCAGAUUUUUGCUCUGAACAAGGGCUGGAUUAAAAAAGAAGAGGUUAAAUCACCAAGCAUGUUCACUGAAUUGGAAGAAAAUAACAAAGAGCGGAUAUUGGAAUGGAUGAGUAGUUUGUCGCAGGACAAAUUAUUGCCAACGUCGGCGAUUGAUGAUUGAACCUGAUUCAUGGCUAAUUCGUCGAGUGUUUAUAAUGUGUUAAUAAAACCAGUCAUAUAUC